UAAUUCUAAUGAAAAUCUUCAACGAGAAUAGAUUUGAAUAUGAUAUAGGCAACAGUUUGACAAAUACAUAAGAACUCUUUAACAUUUACGCAAAGUUGAAUAAAAAACUAACUCAAUAUCAGUGACGUAACGUCACUGGUUGUGACUUCCUGACCCCCGGAAUGUUGUCGAAUUUCUCCUCUUUGCCAAUAAAAUGUGGAGCAUUCGGCCUCACAGUGAGAACGACGUACAAUUGUUCUCGUAUAGGUAACCGCGACUGGGUGGGUCACGGGGUCAAUGGUAUGGCUAAUUACAAGGAUGAUGCCCAUUUCCCGUUCCCUGCUGUACGCUUUAAAGAGAACACCAGAGAUAUCUGUGCUCUUCGUGAGAAGGAGAAGGGGGACUGGCGGCUACUAUGCUGCGAAGAAAAGAAGGCUUUAUACCGGGCGUCAUUCUGCCAAACAUUCUCGGAGUUCCAGCACCCGACGGGCCAGUGGAAGUUCUGUGUGGGCUGGGCGCUGUUCAUCACUUCCUUCACUUUCUGGAUGGUCAUGUUCAACCACUACUAUGUAUGGGAACCUCUGCCGAGCUCGUUCUCAAAGGAAUCUCAGAAGGCUCAACUUCGAAGAAUGCUCGAGCUACGCGUUGCACCGAUUGAUGGGCUUUCCUCGCGUUGGGACUAUGACAACGACCGAUGGAAGAAAUAAUUCGUGCAGUGAUUAAGCCAGAAGUGACGUUAUUUAAUUAUUAUUUUAAUUAAAAUUUAAUUUAAACUUGUUUUAAAAAAGCUUAUUCAUUUUCUUUCUUGUA